GGCGGUGGCCGCGAGCGUCCGGGGUGGGGCGCGCGCUGGCUCUCCCUGGCGGCCCCCGCGCCUGGCGUUCUAUCAGUGCGCCCGCCCGCCCGCCUCCUCUCUCUUUCCCCACCCAUCCUCCACGUGCUGCGCUCUAACCCGGAGUUAGAAGGGAAUUAGAACACGCCCCCCGUGUGGGGGUUGUUGUUUUUUUUAGGGCUUUUUGGCGGCUUUUGGGACGGCGGCGAGGGGUGGUGCCCACGCUCCUUGCGCGCCCGCCCCGGAGGCUCGCCCGCGCGGUAGUGCUAGAGGAGGAGGUGAGAGGUGGGCAUGGCGGCUGUUUUGGAGCUGUUGCUGCAGGACGAGGUGGCAGCCAGCGCUGUCGUGCGGUGGCUGAAGGCGAGCCAGAGUCCCUGCGCCGUGGAGGUAAAACGCGCAGCGCCGCCCUUUCUUCACCCCGCCCUCGGUUCGAGCGGGAAGUUUCCGGGGAAACGGAGUUGAUGCCGGCCUUCAAAACUCUGCGCUCCCAAAGGGAGGCGGGAGGAAAAAAAUCCUCUGGCGGGAUGCUAAGUGGGAAGCUGCAGCCUUCAGGCCUGCGCUGUGUGAGCUCCUGAAGGGCUCUUUGGUAGCUCUUCGGGAGCCCAGGUGUAUGUAUGUGCCUCCCUGAGGGAGCCCUUCCCUGAACCUGCGAGCCCUGCUGUGGGACUGAGUUGCUGUGCGCCCUUACGAGUCCUUCCCAUAUGCAGCUUUAAUGAUUCAGAAACAAGACCUACGGAAUUCGUUGGAAGUUGCAAAUAACCGUGCAGAGGAUUUCAGCCGUAGUCGAAAUCACAUUGACGCCUCUCUUCUGCACAUGUGUGAACGACUAUAAUUUUCAAAGCGGUUUGGAUGCACAAAAUAUCGUGGAGGGGGGACUCGUACACAGGAGAGCAGGCUUAUACUUCAUCGAAAAGUUUCAGUCUUUGGUCUACCUGAAGCACGGUGUUGGAUAAGCAUCUGGGAAACAAACGAUCAGGGUUCAGAGUGCGCACGAAGCUGUCUAAAGCAACAGAUUCCACAUACUAUAUCCUCCCUCCCUCUAGUAUCUUGUAUAGGGCUAGGGAUUCCUAGGUGAUGAUUAGCAGGCCAGUUCUGUGUAGAUCUACUUAGAAAGGAACUCCUUUUAGUUCAUCGGGGCUUCUAGCUAAGCAUGCAUAGGACUGAAGUCUAAAUCACUUAAUUUUAUGUCUGAUGAAUGCCUGUUAGUGUGAAAUGGGUCAGUAGCGUUUGAAUAUAUUUUUGUAUUUGUUUUCAUAUGCUAACUUGUGCAUACCUGAUUCCAAAGUGGUUCGUUUCUGUUUUCUGUGCUCUGCAUUCAUAACGAUGAAUUUCAGAUUAAAACUUUUUGUAUUACUUGUGAAAAUGUUCUCACUCACAACCUUUGGUGUAUGGCUGGAAGAUGGGAACUAGCCGCUUCUUCUGUCUUGGUUCAAUUAAAUGAAAAAUACACACACACCCCCCCCGCCAAAGCGAAGAUGCUAACCAGUAGUUGAUGGGGAAGAUCUAGUUAUUGCACCUAAUGGUCACAUUGUAUGAUCAAGAUAAAAAAAAAUAAGCAUUGCAUGAAAAUUGCUAGAAUCAUGGUUCAGUGGUUGAGUUCAGAGGUAAUGCUAAAUGUUAUGGCAUAAUGUUAGAAAAAUGAGCUACAGUGAGUAUUGGGUUCAUGUGUUCUCACCCCACCUCCUGUUCCAUUGUGAGGAGACUGGAAGCUUAUGUUUCUAUUGUAGUGCUGUUGUCGUUUAUUACAUACAAACAAAAACAAUACUCCCCAGUAGAAAAGGCCGUAGGUUGCUUAAUUAGCCAAAGGCCUGGGAAAAGUGAAAUGUUUUUGUCUGGUGCCUAUAGAAUGAAUGAAUGAAUGAAUGAAUGAAUGAAUGUAAUGAAGGUGCUGGGCAAGUCCUCUUGGGGAGAGCAUUCCACAAGUGGAUAGCCACCACAGAAAAGGCCCGUUCUCAUGCUGCCACCCUCCAGACCUUUCUUGGAGAAGUUACGUGAUAAUGAGCACAGGGUCUGGGUCCGUUCAUAUAGGGAGAGUGUUGUUCAAACUCUAUACUAUUGCAAAUCUUUACUAUGGUUUGUUGAAACAAAUCAGCUUUAUAAAUUAUGCUUUAAAGUUGGCAUUUUUUAAACAAACAGUAGUUGAGAUGAACAACUGUUUGUUUAGAUCUGCUUGAUGUGACAAGAUGCAGUUAGUCUAAAACGGAAAUAAAUGUUUCCAAGCUUAUUUUUUCAGUCAUGCUGGAAUGGUAGAUGGAUAAGUUACAAGGGUUUUUGUAAUGCUAAAUCAUGAUUCAACAUUAUGUCUAAAUGAGGCCCGUAUAUCUUCUAUCACCAGUUCAGCAUGGAAGUAAUUUUGCUAAGGAACACUAGAGGGCAAUGUACCUCCUGCUUAGUGAUAUUUCUCACUUUGUGCAAUGUACUACAACUGUUACUCUAAAACUAUCUGAUGCGGACCACCAUUUUCCCCCCAGUGUGCCAGGGCCCACUACCAUAUUUGGUCCCUGAAGUGUAGCACCCAACACGGGCUGUGGUGGAGUCACUGGACUGGCAGCCGAUGUUUUGUGGAUCAGCAUCCACUUUGAGUAGUAUGGUACUGCAUUAAAGUUGCAUUCCUAAGCCCACAGCCUAGGAAGUAAUCCCAUUUGAUUCAUUAUUAGGUCUUUUGGGUAAAUGUGCUUAGGAUCAUACUAAAAUUUCCAAGCUUUAGGGAUGAAUGUCUAUCUUUAUAUAGCUAAAUGAUUAUAUAAAGUCUCUGGCUACAACAAUGGUGAAACUUAGUAAGUACAGUAGUAAAUCAUGUGUGAGAAAAAAUAAGUUCCCUGCUUUAAUCAAUUGUUUGCUUCCUGGUUUUAGAUGCUUUGAAUGGGGUUAAUGUUUUCAGAUUGGUUCACUUUGCUUUAUAUGUUCAUAACCGCCUUAUUCUUAUAAAAAUGGUAAAAUAUCAGUUACUUUAUAUCCGCUGUCCCUCUAUUUCUUUUUAAAUCAAGUUUAUAUUAACUUUGUUUUGUUUUGUUUGUGUGUGUAGGAAAACCAAGUCCACCCCAAGCUAUCCCUCCUGAACUUGCUUCAGAAAGACUUUGUGCCUUUUUUGCUGAAUUAUUUAAGGGAACAGACUAGUCGGAUACUGACCAAUGGACCACCUACUCCUGCUAAAGCACCAAAUUCCAAGCUCCUGGGAAGUUCGUCUAGUUACAGGAAUCAAAGGCUGGGAUCCGAAAGGAGGUCUCGUAGCAUAGCAGGGUCUGGCAGUAGUAGAGGGCAGCUUUUCUUUGAUUCAACUCCCAUCACCGGCAAUUCUGUCUUGGAAUCACAUGGAUCUUCUGUCAUUACGGGAUCAAGCUUAUUGGGUUCCUUCAACGAAUGCCUAAAUACGGAUUCUGGCACCACCACGAGUUUUGGUUCAAGCCCCAUUUUUUCUCGCAACGAGAGGCGCUCUGCUCAGAAAAUAAGUUUAGGGAGUUUCCUUGUUGCUACCCCAGCGAGGCGGGGCAGAAGAAAAGGCAGCGGCUCUGCAAGUGCCUCUGGCCGGCCAGUGGCACAAGACGCGGGCAGAGGCUUGAACGAAGAAGGAAAAGGUGACAGUCCAUCACUGGGUUCAUUGAGGCAGAGGAAACAAGGUGAAGUGAGCCCUGUCUCUACAAGUUCCCCACCUGACCAGCUUAACCUAAAUGACUUGGAGGAAUUUCCGCUCAUGUGUGCCGCUGGAAUGGCAAAGUAAGUCUCGAUGCGAAGCUUUCUCAAUUCCCGCUGGUAUCUAUUGAGAGAGUAGUUUUGCAGCUUACCGUUCUGUAUCAGUAAAUGGGAGGAAGGUACUACUUCUAAAGAUGGCCCCUCCCAGAGCAGGAGCAGCUUGCCAGGUGGGCAGAGGGCGGAGCCACAGCAGUAAGCCUCCCGGCAGCAACAUUGCUGCUGUUUGCUCUGGGGGAGGAGGUGGCAAUGAGUUCAGGGCUGUGCUGGCAUACUAAUGGAGCCAAUCCUGAGCAUCCACUGGUACACAGGGAUGCAUAGCCCUGACCUUGCCAUGGCCUCUCUCUUCCCAGUAAGCAGCCGUGACACCCCAGCUGGGAGGCUUUUGAUGCUGUUCCACCCCACUAGGUGGGCAGCUCCUGUCUCAGUGGUUUGCUCUGGAGGGGAGCACUAGCCCAGUGGCCACUUGAUUAGUUGGGCAUGCUCCUCCCUCCCAGUGCUGGGGCCUGGAAUGCCCCUUUUCGCUCCUUGGCUUCUGUUUGCCAGCCACCUUCCAAAUGCCAUCGUUUUAAGUCCCGUUCUCCUCCCUUGCCUUGAGAUGCUCCAAAUAAUGCUUAAAGUUGAUAUAUGCUUGUUUGAUUACUCUUAAGCCUGAACUCUGACCAAGGUAUUCUGUGAUAUUUUAAUACCUCAGACAAUAUCUAGAGAUAUUGUGGCCGAAAUAUAGCAGCUUGUGGUAGCAGCUUCUCUCUUUUCAACCUGCUGUUGGACGAGGAGCAGAACUAUUUCUUAGUAAAACUACAUGUUUUAUACUUUGAUUUCUCACUUCAGACUUCCAUUUGUGCUACUCUCUCCAGGCACAGGUCUAUGCUUUAAAGCUCUGUGCCUUGAGUGCUGUUUGUUUUUUUGUCUAGGCGGUUCCCCUGUGAAAACCUUCAUUUUACCGCUGAAUAGGAGCAAACGACAAUCUCUGGAAAGCUCCACUGUUGUUUGCUUUGAUCCAGCAUUAAAAUCUGGGUUUUCCUGAGGAAAACACUGGAACAAAUAAACAAAAAAUACUGCUUGGCCACGGAGCUUUAAAGCUUAGACCUAUGCCUGGAAAUGCAGCACAAAAGGAAGUCUGGAUGAGCCCUUGGUUAGUGAAUCCAGGACCAUAGUAGUAUGUGUCAUCAGCUGGCUUCCCCACAGGUGAUUGGAGCAGAAGGAUAAUACACUGUUGUGUUUUCAUCCUCUUAAUCCAGUUUUACUUCCCGUUUCAGCAAAGCCAAACCGUCGAGAAGAAUCAACCCUACUCCAGUGAGUGCUGAGCGAACCCUCUCCAAGCCCAAGAUGUGCUUCACUUCCACUCCUGUUGGCCAGUCUCAAACGUUUCAGUCUCAGUCCGGAACAAGUCCUGAAGCCCUUGUUAUCUCUCAAGAAGUGACCCUGUCUUCCAGUUCGGGUAGCCUUCAGGAGGAGAGAGAGAUGCUGAAGAAGGAACGGUACGUUAUGAAAUCUGUGAUGGGGUGCUUAGUGAAGGGAAGCAUCUGUGAUGUGAGAAAUGUUGAUUUACAUUGCCUUAGAGAAGUAGAGCUGAAUGGCCCAUAUUGUCUUUUUGUGAACAUGCCACGUUUUAUUAUGCUUUCCGUAUUGAUUUGCUUUUGCACACUGCAUAGCUAUGUGGUAUAAAGAAUGAAUGAACAAACAAGUAAUAUUUCUAGGGGCUAUAAUUUCAAUACAGUGGUACCUCGGGUUAAGAACUUAAUUCGUUCUGGAGGUCCGUUCUUAACCUGAAACUGUUCUUAACCUGAAGCACCACUUUAGCUAAUGGGGCCUCUCACUGCCACCGUGCUGCUGGAGCACAAUUUCUGUUCUCAUCCUGAAGCCAAGUUCUUAACCCAAGGUACUAUUUCUGGGUUAGCGGAGUCUGUAACCUGAAGUGUAUGUAACCCGAGGUACCACUGUAUUAAAAAUGGUUGCUUUCUCUGUCACAUUCUGCAGCAACAUGGUUCACUAGCUCAGAAAUCCUACGCUAAAGCCAAACAAUGUUCCUAGAAUCACACAUCAAUAUGAUUUUAUGCUUGAUACCCUUCAAUCUUACAAGUGCUGUGUUAAGAUUAGAAUUUGAUCCAUAAUGCUGAAGGAUCUUUAACUGUUUUAACAUGUCGCAAAUUGCAUUUGUGAAACAUUUUAUGUUUCAAUGAAGAAAUUGCUUUCUUGAUGAAUUGGUGAGCAUUUGAAAGAAUCCCACUGGAUACUACAACAGAGUAGGAGUUUUUCAGUCUCCUCUUACCACUCUUAUUUCAUACCUUUGAAUUGCAGGUCCAAGUUGCUGCAUCCCACAUCUACACCAACAGGAUUAUCUCUGGAUUCUGGCAUACCAAUGAAACCUAAUGUCAGUCAGAAUGCAAGCCUUCCCUCUGAAAACCAGUUGGUAACCUCUGCCGAUGUCAACAAGGUUUCCUGCAGGAAACAGCUGGAACAGCUGGCUCAACUUUAUUCAUUUUGCAUAGCAGGUGAAGAAAUGGCAGUGGAUGCUUUUCAGUCCAUAUUGAUUUGGGAGGAUGCUAAGAAUGGCGACCCAUAGAAAUGUCCUCAAAUUAAUUUUUUUAGUAGUAAUGAAAUUUUAAAUGAGCCUUGACUUCGCAAAUAUAUCGUGGCUUGGAUUUUCCUAUUGUAUGACAAAUGGCAAUUUUUGACCUUUCAUAGAAUUUAUGACAAAAUUCCCAACCCUGAUAAAUAAUUUUAAUGUUUUGGGAGUUGUACAAAGGAAAGCAAUGAAUUCUAUAUCCUUUUUUUAAAAAAUCCUAAGUAUUUAAGCACUUUUUUGCUUACAUCCAGAUGAUUUUUUUUAGUUGUAGAUAUUUUUAUCUUCCUUUAAAAAUGCAUCUUAUAUAGUUCAGGUUUUAAAAAUUAAUGUGAUUAGUCCUAUCAUUCAGGGUACAAGUACAAACCAAAGGUCCUUUUGCAUGUUUUCCUGUUCCUUUACUUUCUUUGCAGAAAACCUUGUGCCAAAUAUCUUCUUGGAGAUCUUUUUUGUGUUCCAGUUGCUAACAUCCAAGGGAACUUCCUCUUUAGAAGAUGGAGAGAAUGACCUGAGUUUCAAUGGAGAGUAUAAAGGUUGGGACUUAGAUUGGAUAAAGAUUUUUGGCUAUUAACAAAAUACAGAUUGUACCACCUGCUAAACAGAGUUAGAGGAGGGUAUACAUUAAAUAUAUUCAUUCAUUUAAUGAAUUUUAAAUGUAAAAUGAAUUUAAAAAAUGUAAUAGAAAUUCCACAGAGUACCAGCGGCUCAAAAUUAAGGAUAUAACAAUUCAGUCCAUCACACAUGGAUCACUGUACAGUGGUACCUCAGGUUAAGUACUUAAUUCGUUCUGGAGGUCCGUUCUUAACCUGAAACUGUUCUUAACCUGAAGCACCCCUUUAGCUAAUGGGGCCUCCCGCUGCUGCCGUGCUGCCACCACGCAAUUUCUGUUCGCAUCCUGAAGCAAAGUUCUUAACCCGAGGUAAUAUUUCUGGGUUAGCGGAGUCUGUAACCUGAAGCGUAUGUAACCCGAGGUACCACUGUAUACAGUACUUUAUGUGUAUAUAAAGCAAAUAAAAUUGUGAGGUUUCCAUUUAUAUCCAUUUUUAAAAAAUAUGAUAAGGUCACAUCUUAUGCAGGGAUUGGUUCCAAGGGUUUCCUGUAUACGCAGAAACCCGUAUACUCAAAUCUUUGAAACUGGCCCUUUUCGAGCAUCUGGAACCACUGUUUGGAGAGGGCCUUGCCCCACUCCAGCAAAGCAGUGAGCUCUUUUGCACUGGGUUUCCCCAGUGCUCUGCCUUGCUCCCCAGCAAGGCCUUCAGAAGCCCCAGGGUGCUUUUUCCAAGUUCCUGCGAGAUCUCACAGGAGCAUUCCAAACCUAGUGCACAGAGAGCAUAAAAACUGUUUUGGUGCUGGAUUUUCCUGGUGCAAAAAGAGCUUCAAAUAUCUCUGCCAUGCUUGGGAAGCAAGGCCCUCUAUGUGUACUGGCUCUACAUUUCACUUGUGCGAUUUCAACUACCAUAUUUACUGGAAUCUAAUGCGCACCUUUUUUGGGCAAAUUACCGUAUUUUUCGUUCUAUAGGACGCACAUUUCCCCCUCCAAAAAUUAAGGGGAAAUGUGUGUGCGUCCUAUAGAGCGAAUGCAGGCUGCGCCGCUAAGCCCAAAGCCAGAACAGAAAGACUGAGUACUGCGGAGCGCUCCGUCUCGCUGCUCUAGCCUGAGGACGGCUGCGCGCACAGCCUCUCCAGGGCAGCAGGGUGCCUUCACCCCGCUGUCCUGCAGAAGCUAGCAAGGCUGUUCCCAAGCCAGAACAGCGAGACGGAGGGCUCCGUCUCGCUGCUCUUACUUGGGGAUGGCUGCGCGCACGGCCUCUCCAGGGCAGCGGGGUGCCUUCACCCCGCUGUCCUGCAGAAGCUAGCAAGGCUGUUCCCAAGCCAGAACAGCAAGAUGGAGGGCUCCGUCUCGCUGCUCUAGCUUGGGGACGGCUGCGCGCAAACCUCUGCAGGGCAGCGGGGCGCUGCGCUCCAAAGGCUUCAGGGAUCUUUGAGGCUGGUGGUGGGGGAAAGCAGCGCUUCCCCCCACCGCCAGCCCCACAAGCUCUGGUGAAUGUACCUUGAACGCACCUUGUUUUAGAGGGGGAGAACAAGAAAAAAAUUUUUCCCCCUGUUCUCCCCCUCCUAUGGUCCGGUGCAUCCUAUGGAGCGAAAAAUACAGUAUGUUGUGAAAAUUAAGGUGCGCAUUAGAUUCAGUGGCACAUUUACAUUCGCCAGCAAAUACUUUUUUUGUUUGUUUCAAGGUUCUGAAAAUUGAGGUGUGCAUUAGAUUUGAGUAUAUAUGUAUGGUUAAAAUCAUGCAAGCUACAUGCACAUAAGACAUUAUCAUACUGUAAUGUCUAGGAGUACUUUACCCUUAUAUUUUGGUAUUUAUUCUUAUGCUUCCAGUACUGAACAAAUUUGCCCCAUUGUUCUAAAGUAUACAAUUUUGUAACCCUCUUCCCAUAUCACCUUAAAAUACAUAGACAUUUAUAUACAAUGCUAUAUGGUACUCUUCCACUCGUGUAAUGUUCGCAUUUCCCUCCCCUCCCAUCUUUUCAGCUGUUAACAUUCUCACUGCAACUAACAUAUAAGCAAUCAUGAUUGUGCACUUAAGUGGUACUACCCCCCCCCAGGUUACUCUGUAAAACUGCAGGGUCUGUGGAUAAUUUACAUCCAGAAAUGUAGUAAAACUACAGUAUUUGAUCUUGCUGCCAGGAAUUCUUGAUGUCAAUGUUUCAAAAAAGAAAGAAAGAAGCUGCUCCUCCCUUGAGAUAUGUCUAUAAGUGUCUUCAUGAAAAUGUGGAUUAUGCGUGCACACACACACAUGGCAAAAAAAAUACCCCAAGUUAAGCUUGAACUUUGAAUAAAGAAUAAUGUACUUUUGACAUAUUUUAUUGUUGGGGACAGUCUUUAAUUUUAUGUUACUGCUCCCCAAAACAGGCUGAUAAAUUGACACAACCUAAUUGAUGUUUGACGUUCUUCUGGUAUUUGAGAUGAAUGAGAAGUAAUAAAGGUAGGGAUUUUGUGAUCUGUUGGUGACCAGUGGCUGAUCUGCCUGUGGUUUUUUUUUUGGGUGGGGGGAGUUAUUGCAGAGAACCAGUUCUUCCACCACAGGGAUUACUUGCAGCUUUCUGUCUGAUGAUUUAAAUUUUUGUUUUGUUUCGUUUACAGAUGCAGUAGAGAGGCAACACUUUCGAAGUGUACACAACUGUGUUUAUUUUGCUGUGAAAGUCUUGGAUUAUCAGUUUCAGUAAGUUGAAUGGCUUAGGUUGUUCUCACCAGUGUACAUAUACUUGCACUCUGAAGUGCUUGGUUUAUUGCUAUAAUAAGUUGGAAUAUCUUGCAUCACAUUGCACACUGUUAACAUAUCCUUAAGUUUGAAAAUUUGGGUUCUGUCAUCUAUUACCGUAUUUUUCACUCUAUAACACGCACCAGACCAUAACACGCACGUAGUUUUUAGAGGAGGAAAACAAGAAAAAAAAUAUUCUAAACGAAACAGUGGAUGUAUGAUUUUUGUGGUUCAUGCUGUGGCCACAGACAUGUGAUCUGACAGUGAGUUUGGAGUAGCUCAAUGCAAAAAUCCUGAAGAUCCAUGUGGAUCCAUGCUUUGUAACCACGUUUUUGCACCACCGCGGCCCCAGGCAACAGUGGGUGCGUGAUUUUUUUGGUGCAAGAUGUAGCCAUGGACGUGCUAUGUGAUCUGAUGGUGAAUUUGGGGUGACCCAGUGCAAAAAUCCUGAGGAUCCAUGUGGAUCCGUGCUUUGUAACCACGUUUUAAGUGGGGAGGAAGGAAAAGCACUCAAGGGACAAGGAGCACGCAUGGGGUGUGUGGAGAAGGAUGCUGCUAAUAAUGAAGGAGAGGAGUAUAAGGGGAGAAGGCUCCUCUGCUCUCCCACUUUGCUCCUUUAAAGCAAGCAGGCUCUGCUUUUCUCCCUCCUCCCGCUCAGCCCCGGCUUAGCGAGCUGAAAAACUUUGCUGCUAUUUAGCGAGCUGAGUGGGGAGAAGAGAGGGACAGAGAGCCUGCUUGCUUUAAAGGAGCCAACUGGACAGGAGCCGCUUACACUUGUGUAAGCAGCUCCUCUCCCGCUUUGCUCCUUUAAAGCAAGCAGUCUCUCUGUCCCUCUCUCCUCCCCACUCAGCGGCUCUUCUCCCGCUUUGCUGUUUCAAAGUGAGCCACAGAGGAGGGAAGGAAGGGGAACCAUGGAUCCUCUGCUCACGACUGCAGCAGAUCCCCCCCGCCACCCAUAGGCAUUCGCUCCAUAACACGCCCAGACAUUUCCCCUUACUUUCUAGGAGGAAAAAAGUGGGUGUUAUGGUGCAAAAAAUACGGUAAUUGACAGAUAGUUCCAGUUGAACAGCUGCCCUACUUCUAUAGAAGGGUAUUUUCUGUUGUGUUUGGAGAUGGUGUUUUUGCUUCUAGUGCCAUCAAAACUAAAAGAAAUCCAGGAACUUCCUUCUCUAAUGACUUUAGUAUAUAUGUUGGCUUUUAUCAAUGGGUAUUAGAGAUUAGGAAUCCGGUGGAAUAGGCUUUAACUGAAAGAUCACAUCUAAACAAUAUAGUGGAGUGUUCCUCUUCUUUUUGUUGUUUUUCUUGGCAGAAUUAUAUCACAUUUAGAGAAAGGAACACUGAAGCUCUUGGCUGAGAAUGACAGGAUCACAUCCUUUUCCCCUGACUUGCAUGAGAGGCUUAUGGCAGUCUAUGAAAACAGCACAGCAAAGGUAAAAACUAAGCAUGUUCUAGAAGAACAGUGUGAAAUCAAGGUCCUCCCAACAGUUAUUGAAACUGUUUUUACUCAGUGUCCUCCCCACUAUUAUGGUAUCUGCUGUAUUCCAUCCUCUUCUAGAAACAGAUUAGUUCUCUUGGUAUAUAUUAUGUAGAAGCUUCCUCUGCAGCUGUAAUUAAAUGAGGAGUGAAAAUACUAUAUCUAGCACUGUGACCAAAACAAAAACCAGAGUGAGAUAAUGAAAUUGACGAGCAUUUGGUGGGUUAGAAAAUGUUGAUCUAUUGCAAACCGGCAAGUUAGUACAUGUUACACCAUUAAGAUCAUGGGACUUUAAAGCUGUAGCAACGGACAGAAGGGAGAACAAGUUGUAAUUGCAACCUCCUUGUUUGUGUUUAUGGUGAAAAGUAUGUUAAAUUAGGAGGAAUGUAUUACACUUACACAUUAUUUUGUAUAUUGAACAGGUCUCCCUGCUGCUGCCUUCAAGCAUACAGUCAGUUUCCUUUCAGCCAGAAACUGACAACCGGUCUAACUUUUCCAGUGAUAAGGCAUUUCAUGUGUUUAAGAAACAAAGGUAUCCUCUGUUUUUUAUCAUGGGAUUUUGCCAAAAUGUACAAUUUGUCAGUUGUUUUAGUUUAUUGAACGUGCAUCAGAGAAUAGAGUAGCUGUCAAGACUCUAUAUCAGUUAUCCAAAGCCACAGGCCUGGUUUGGACAUUUCCUCCCAAGCUUCAUAAAUUAUGUUUUAUGAAACCAGGAACAAGUGUCUGGAUGUUAAUGUCAGCCUUUUGAAUAAGCCCACAAAACACAUUUAUCGGCAGAAUUUCUUACUAGCCUGCUAAGAAGCUAGUGGCGUAGAAAAAGAGAGUAAUAAAAAAUAAUAAAUGCACCUUCUACCCAGUGAACAAUAUCUGCAGUACUCUGUCUAGCCCACUUGGUUUCCAUGCUAGCUGUGGAGGAAGUUGGCCAGCUUACCCACCUGUAUGGGAUUCCUGGGAAAUUGUUAAAUACAAGGCUGAUUAAUGCAGUUCAGAAAUGCAGAAAUUGGCAAGACAGGGGUUCCCUGCAGCUGGAGCAAACUCAUUUGGCUUUCUCAGGUCAAAAGUAGUAGAAGAUAUGGCCUCCUCUGCUCUCCCUAUGCCCACCUUCUGUUUAAAGUACUUUCCAUACAAUGUGUUGUUUGAAUUUAUUUAAGUGGAGUUUUCUACUGAGUAUUUGUGCUUUUAAGAUAGCGGCUUAAGGCCGCAAGCCUAAGCCCACUUGCCUGGGAUUAAGCCUCAGUGAACUCAGUGGGACUUACUUCUGAGUAGACCUAUCUAAGGUUCAGCUGUAGGUGUGCCUGCUAUGUUCUUUGGUCUUUAUUCUCGAACCUUUCUUUAACUAGGGGGAUAUUUGUCAAUUGUCGGCUUUGGAAUGAAAAUGUGUCUUGUAGGAAUGGUCAAAGGGAAUGUGUCUUGUAGGAAUGGUCAAAUUCAACUAAUUUGUUCUGCUAGCAGAAGCCAGUCCUGGUUGCACAAAGGAUCCUUUCCUGCCUCUCUCUUUCUCACACCCCCCUUCAAGUGACCUUCCUAAGUCUGCUUGGGAGGGACCCCUAGAACAGCAGGCAGCAGGGGGAGAGGGAAGAUGGUUCUGUUUGACAAGCAAAAAUUCUUGUGCAGACAGAACAGUCAACUUCAUGCGACAUUGAAUUCCACCCAAAGCUUUGUCGGAACUGUGGUGCUUGUGCAUAAGCAGAAUAACAUGGCCCCAUUUUUGUAUGCUGAUAGUACACCUGAUGACUAUGAUUUUAGAUUUUGAAGCUAACAUGUUUGCCUUGCUCAACAGAGAUAUUUUCUACGAGUUGCUGCGUGAAUGGGAAGACAACUGUGAAAAAACAGGCUGGGACUUUGAGAAGUGUCUGGGAGACAGGAUCAGGUAGGAAUCUUUGGUCUGUAAAUUUAACAAGACUUGAUACAGAGGGCUGCUCAUUGCUGAUGUCUAGUGUGGUCCUCCACUGAGCAGCUGUUCACCACGUUCCAUCGGGAGGAUUGUUUUUAAGGCACAGUUUGCAACAGCUGGAAAUUGCCUCUGAUGAUAUACUUGGUUCAGUGUUAUGGAUUAGAUCCAGUGGUAUGCUGGGACAUGUUGCAAAACUGACUUGCAUUUGGUCCUAAGACCAUGACACCACUGUUACCUAAUAAACUUGCAAUCAUUACUUUGGACAAAAGAAAACCUCAGUUUAAAUUUUUGUUUUAGUUCUUACACUAAAUAAGAAAUUUAUUUAUUUGUUUUGAUAUAAUGGGGUCUCAAAGACUGUAAUUUAAUUACCACCCUUUCUCUCCCCCCCCCCACCAAAAGAGGGGUAAACAUUCCAAGAUAAGUUGAAGAUGCAAAUGUCUUUGAGUGCCAACACACAGGUUGCAUUUAAUUCUGAAAGACAAGAGUUACAAGAGAGUAUUACUGGUAAUGAACAUUUUGCAACCCAAUUUAGCAACAAAAACUAAUUCUACAGUAAGCUACUUAGUUUCACAAAGGGGAGAAUUCUCAGUUCACAUAGAACUUUUUCAGAAUAGUAUUUUCAUAAUUACUUUUAAAACAUUUAAGUCCCCCAGACAUUUGCUGUCUUCUAUAUAUCCGCAUAGAGAAUAAUUUUUUCCUUAUUUUUCUUUGUAGCACUAUUAAUUUGUUUCUGGUUUCACAGGGUCAUGAUGGCUCACCUCUCUGCUGCUUGCAACUACAGCCAUUUUGCCAGGCUCUUUCAGAAGCAGCUUCUUCAGGUAAAGAAACGCUCGCUUCCCAUAAGGAAAAAAAGGGUAUAUUUUGCAAGUAAAACUUUUCUUCAGUUCAUAUCUAAUAGGUGAAAAUACUUGUUCAUUGAAUGCAUAAUUAAUUCAUAAUCUAAUUUCCUCAGUUAGUCUGAGGUACAUCCACCUAACAGUCUAUGGUUUGGGCUGUAGAGACUGCUUGUAUUCAUAAUCAGAUCACAGAGUUAAAGUUAGCACACUCACAAAUUUGACCUCUCUUUUCUCCCCGCUCCCUCCUCUAUGCCAUAGAUGUGUAAAGGUCCAGUUGGUGGUGGUACAAGUUGGGGAGACACCCCAGACCAGGAUGUCCUUAACAUGCUGGGUUCCGAUAAUCUGAGCCGCUUGAAAAGGCUGCAAGAGAGAUUCCUUGUCCCUCAGAGCAUCCGAGGGCCUUGCCCACCUCCCUCCUUCCCUGGAUGCCAGCAGUUCUUCAGGGACUUCAUCCUCAGUGCAGGAAGGUUCGAUACUUAUUGCUAUUUCUAUCUAGGAUGUGUCUGGGUGAGUGACCCUGACUGUAUGGUGGUGGCUGGGUUUUCUAAAUAAAAUAAUGCAAUGGCCUUGUUCAGUGUCACAGUAAACCAUGGUUAGUUUAUGAUAAACAUACUAAUAUUGAUUUCGUGUUCUUGGUUUCUUUGGAGCGAAGCAAACCGUGUCUGGACAUCAUGCUAAGCCAGGGAUUGUGUUUCUCCUGUGUGUUAGCAAGGAGGGACAAAGCAGUUGAAAUCAGCACGUUCACAGUAAAGCACACAUUGUUUACUAGCUGGAUUCAUAACCUAAACAGAUGAGCAUAAGAUCAUUGCAGAAAGAAAACGGUUUAGAUGAAAAGGCUUUGGAAAAGAAUAAGGUCUUUGCCUGGUGCUAGAAUGACAUUAUGCGGGCUUCACCAAGGAGUGUUUGGCAGUGUUUGCAGCAGUGCUGACUACCAGCACGUGAGGGGUUUGGUAGGAAUUAAUCAGAUUUUAAACUUGCGUUGUAGUAACCAUUCUCAAAUGCUGCUGUGGUCGCUUAAGAGAUUACACUCUUUGCUUAAAUUAAGUUGUUCUCCUAAAGAGCUCAUUAUCUUUUUUUUGGUUAAGUUAUCAAUUUAAUCAGCACCUUAUGGACAGCCUGAGCCUGCAAAUACUUGAGCUGGAUGGCCUUGCCUUGGUGGAACAUGAACCCAGUGAUGGAGAAGCAAUGGAUGAACAGGUGUGUAUUGCAUAGAAACAGCCAUUCACAGUUGAGCUUCAGAGGUGUCCAUGUGGGUUAUGAUCUCUCCUACUGCUUGGAAAGGAAGAAUUUGGCUCGUGGCUCUCUCUCUCUCCUCCCCCCCCCCAACCUUUCUGUCUCUAUUGGUUUCAUGGUUGGUUUGGGGCCUUCAUUGUUUGUCUUUCUUUGUCUAUUUGUCUUUAAUAACAUGUUGCUGUUCUAGUGUGGGUCUCCUUUACUUCUCUUUUUGUUGCUCCUCCCUUCUGUCCUGCAUUGUCCUUUCUGAAAAGAGGUGUCUGUCCUUCACACGGUCUUUCUCGCCUGUGAUGUCCCCCCUGCCUCAACUCCUCCAUCAUUGCUCCUCCAACCCCUCCCCCCCCGGUCCAAGUGGUGGGGCAACAGUAGAAAGCCUGGGUGGUAGCUGCAGUGUUAGCCCCAUCCCACUCCUUCUCCAACACAGUGCAAGUAUAUAGAAGACAGUAGCGUUCUCUGAUGAGCCCCAGUUGUCCUAGGUAGACCUGCGACUGCUACCACCAUGCUGAUUUGUCUCUGAUUUGGAUAGUCCUGUCCUUGCUGCACACCCCACAAAAUAUAAUAAUAAACGAACCACCAAAGUGGGAACAUAAGAUUUAACUUAUAGGUUUGUUGUGAGCAUUCAAAACGUUAGGCAUUGCUGCUGUUAUCUGUGGCUAUAAUAUGUCUGGCUUUUCUUUCCACUGCAGGAUGAAAAGAAGCGUUUUGCUGCUGUCCUCAUGAGCCUACGACUUCUGGCAAAGUUUUUUGGUUUCCUUGUCUUCCUGCCUUAUCACACAUCAGAACCAGUGACUGGAGACUUGCUAGAAUCUGCAGUGAUGUUAAGAAACCAAGUGCGUAACCAGCCACAUUUACCUAACAGAAGUAUUUAGUUUUGUUAUUAUCAGAGAGAUGUGCAGGCAUUUCAUUAGAUGAGCCUCUGGGCUCCUCCUGAGGUGGUAGAUACUUGCUGUUUUAACUCCUUUCCUAGUUAAGCAACCUCCAGUAUGGGGAUGGAUGGGUCCUGUGGUCCUGCAGAUGUUGGGGAGUCACAGCUCCUGUGAGGCUGAGAGGAUGCUGAGAGCUGUUCAACAACAUCUAGAGGGCUGCAGGUUCCCCCUGCUGUGCACUAUUAUUGUUUCAGUGAUGCUGCUUGUGUUGCUGCUAUAAACUGAGGGAAGAUUGAGUUACUCAUGCGGUACAGCCAUAUGAAUUAACGACACUCUUGAUAUGGAAGGAAGGGGAAGUGUUUCAUUUAUUGGUGAACACAGUUGCAUCAGAAGCUUGCCCGUUUGCAGAAAGCAUCCUUUUUGAUGUAAACCUCUGCUACAGGGAUGCUCCAAACAAGUAACCCAUAAUGUCAAUAACUAAUUCAGUACAUUGUACAAACUACUCCUCUGGAAUAGUCUCCAUGGACCAUUAUUUGCAGUUAUAUUGUUUACUAGAUUCAUGCCUCCCCACCCGCUCACAUCGAAGUCCAACACUCUUGUUGCUAAACUGCACUGGCUCUCUUGACAUCAGAUCGUGCUGUGUGGUUUGUCAGUGUGCCGGCUGAAUGUGGAAAGCGCGAGGGGUGCUUAUUAUUAUUUCAAUUUAUUACCUGCCUUUCACUCCAGGGUCAUAGGGCAGGGUACAACCAUUUGAAAUACAGUUUAGCCAGAUGAGUGACUUGAGAUUGCUGGAUUUGAAUAGGCUUCAUAUCCAAAAUAUAUUGGGUCUCUCUGAGAUACUGCUCUGAUACCUUUCCUUGAUAUGUGAAACUGAUUGCACGCUUGUGUCUUUCUGUCUUCCCUGCCCCACUUCCCCACAAAAACUGUUUUUUGAGCUCAGAACUUAACUAGCUGCUCUGAGUGAUGUUAGCUAAAAACACCCCCCUUUCUUUGCCAAAUUAAAAAGUAUACAAAGGAAGAUGCAACAAGACCUGAAUAAUAAGCCCAGGUGCUUGUGUGCUCAAGGCUUACCUCCAUCUCUGCAAGAGGAGCGUGUUCUGUUCACACAAAUUAGCCAAGGAAAGAGUUUUCCUCUUAGUGGUGAAGGAAAGAGAACCCGAUAGAGGGAAAUAGGGACAGAAAUGAAAGAGGAGUUGGAUAUGUUUAUUUGCCUUUCCUACUUUUUGGUGGUUCAUCAUCAAACAUCUGGUGGUUGCCCAUGAUAGUAAGUAAUGCUGAAAGUUAACAUUUUCCUAAUGUUUUCCCUUAAGACCCAUCCUGUGCUGGAUAUAUUGAAGCUGCUUAGGCAAUCAAUACAGAAACGAUGCACGGUCUUGACUGUACCUUGGGUUGUAGAGUUCCUUUCCCUUAUGGAUCAUAUCGCCCCAUUUCUGGACUACUAUGGGAAGAUAUUUGCUCUCCUCUUGCAGCUGUACAGGUAAGAGGUUGGAAAGAAAUAUUUGCAUCUUAAUUGAGAUCUGCAUCAAGGACCUAAAUUCUUGUGAGGGUAGGACAUUGGCUUCUUAGUAAAGCUUUUAUUGUACUCAUGAACAAUUUCUGGGUCUACGGAAACGACUUAAAGCUUUCUUUUACAGUAUAUACCAAGAAAUUUAUAGCACAGAGUUAAAUAUGUAAUUACCACAGUAUAGGAACGCUCCGCUGAUGACUUGAUAUAUAUCAUAUUCCUCUAGCUGCAAAUGUUCACAUCCUUCCAUUACAUCUCAAUAUUUGCAGAAACAAAUGAAGAAGUUGAAAGUCAAUUUUUUCCAGUAGUGCAUUUCAAAUGGUAGUUGUGUUGUACAGUUAACCAUAAACCAUAGCUUACAGUGAACGAGCAGCACGCUAGUACAUUCUUCUGAAUUGCUCCCAUUUUGUUCCUUUGUUCAUGGAGCCAGGAGUAACAAACCAUGAGUCAUGGCUCUUACCAUGGGAGAAACAAACCACACACAUUGGUUCACAUAUCACGGUAAGCCAAGGUUUUUUGUAUGCUACGCCCUGGCUUCAUGAAUAAUGGAGGGAAAUAGGAACAAUGUAGUAGCUUGCACUAGUGCAUGUCUUGUUUACGGGUUUCCUGCGGGGCACAAAUGGGGCCAGAGUUUUAAUAUGCAAGGGAAAUGAGAGAGUACAGCAAAAGAAACUUGCAAAAGGGGGAAAUGCAGAGGUGGUAAAACUGAUAAAACCUUUGAAGUUUAUUGUUCUCUAUUCUGUAACCUUUUGUUACAGAUACCUGCUGAUUUCUGAAAAUAAAGAGAUGUGUUUCCUGAACAAGCUGCUGAUCCUUGCCAUUUUGGGAUGGCUUUUUCAUGUACGGAUGAGUGUUUGUAACAAACAUUGUACCUUUGAAAAAACUUCACAAGCCCUGUAGAAAUCGUCAAGUAAAACUUUCCUUACUGUACUUUCCUUAAGCCUUUUAAGUGUUUCACCCAUGUAAGCAUUCAUCCACUCCUGUAUGUGAAGCUGAAUUUUUGCUUAGCUCUGCCCUCCUUGGAGAAUUAACUAUUUGGGGCUUGUCUUCCAGGUGCCUACUGUCCCAGGGAAUCUGUUCUUUGCGGGCGAAGUGAGAUCAGAAGAACUGGCAACAGACUCUGCAGCAACUGUUCAAGCUCUGGUAAACUUACGUAGAUGAGUGUCGGCGGGUGUGUUUGAAAGAGAGCAACUGUAAUGUUAUUUGUUUAAGACACGCGAAGCCUAAGAGUGACCUGAAGAAUAAAGAGAAGUCUGUGGACUUCUGUGCACUUAUCUAAUGCUUCUGAAAGGAAUCAAUCUGUUGUUUGUUCUUUUCCCCUUAGGAUUCUGUGCCUGUGGUGGAUCAGCAGUUACUUUAUACCUGCUGUCCAUAUCUUGGUAAGUGAUUUCUCAAAGUACAGUGGUACCUCUGGUUAAGUACUUAAUUUGUUUCGGAGGUCCGUUUUAACCUGAAACUGUUCUUAACCUGAAGCACCACUUUAGCUAAUGGGGCCUCCUGCUGCUGCUGCUGCUGCUGCACCACCGGAACACAAUUUCUGUUCUCAUCCUGAAGCAAAGGUCUUAACCCGAGGUACUAUUUCUUGGUUAGCAGAGUCUGUAACCUGAAGCGUAUGUAACCCGAGGUACCACUGUAUGUCUUGUGUCAGAAACAAUAUGCUGCUUGAGAAAUCUGGAAUCUCUCCUUUGCCUGGCAGUGGAAAGAGCAUCUAGGGAUAAAACGUUGAGCUUCCUACUCCAAAAUUGAGUUACAAUUAUCUGUUAAAAGGUUUUUUGCGUGUUUCAGUAUGGCACUUAAACUGGGCCCACAGAUUAGGGGGUUGUGACCUGUGGAAAUACUAUUUGGUGAUUUGUCCUUGCUUUUCCAUUCACCGUGAAUAACAUCCUGAACUGCUUAUGAUUCUGAGUUCCUACUCAAGUGUGGUUGGGAUCAUGGCUGCUUUUUCUUCCAGUGUUCAGUCUCAUACACUUCUCUGCAAUUUUCUGUCUCCAACUCCUCCUGGAUUUAAUUAUAUUUCACUCAUUUCGUUGUGUCUGACCCGAAUAAAAGUUAGUUGGAUACCACCCCUAAAUUUUAAAAUUGUCAAUCAGAUUGAAUUUUAAAAACCAGAGUGUUCAGAUAUCUACGUGUGCCGUCUUGUAAUCCGCGUAUCCUUCUGCUCUAGGUGAGUUGAGGAAACUGCUGUCGUCUUUUGUGUUGGGAAGCGGAGGAAAGAAUGGUGGUUAUGUAAGGAAAAUAACUCCGACUGCUGCUGAGACCUUGGUUCCAAAGCCUCCCAUCACACAGCAGAAGCUUCAGGUGAGAGGUGUUUUGGGACUGCCACUCCCAUCAUCCUUGACCAUUGGUCCUGUUGGCUUGGGAUGAUUAGAGCUGGAGUCCAGCAAGAUCUGUAAGGCAGCAGGUUGGGGAAGGCUGGAUUUUUUCAAGGAGUAAUUUCUCAACUUGCACUUUGAUAUUUUAUUUUUUUAGUGGAGCUGUGCAAUAAGUAGCCAUAUACCCUAUGCCACUAAUUUUGUGUGAAUUGCAAGCAUGCAAGAGGUAAUUGACCCCUAGCUAAAUAAAGAAAUGGGAAAGGGAAUUAGAGAACAGAGUUAGGAAAAACCUGAAUUUGCUGCCAAGCUUAUAAAAUGCUAAAAAAACUGUUUUGGUGGGUGGGUUUGUUUGUUUCUUUUUUACAAUCAAGCAGUAUAUAAAUUUCAUGAAAUAAAGCAUAUGCAAGCAUUAAAAAGUCUUUAUUUUGGGGGCAGGCCAGUCGAUUGAAAACUCAACUUGCUUUUUAUAUUUGUCUCUUGUUCCUUGCUCCCCAUUUAUGGGACAUUAUUUUUUGAUGUUUUUUGAUGUUUUGUUUCAAGGGUAGUGGCAUUCAACUAACAUUUACUCAGAGGUGACCCACUGAAAUUGAUUGAUUAUGCCCACUCAUUUCAGUGGGUCUGCCCUGAAUAAAAUUUAGUUGGAUACCACCCUUAAAUUUAAAAAAUGCCAAUCAAAGAAUAAACAAUCAAAGCAUUCAGAUAUACUUUAGGAAUGGCUCGUGUUGGGGGGGGGGCAAUGCUUCAUGUAGAAUGCUUUGGUUUCCUUAGGAUUCUUGUUCUUCCUGUUUUUAACAGGCAGAGCUGGAACAAGCCUUCUUCCACAAUCAGCCCCCAUCUCUGCGGAGAACUGUAGAAUUUGUGGCAGAGAGAAUUGGAUCCAACUGUGUCAAGCACAUCAAGUAAGGGCAGGAAAGGCACCUGUAACCUGAUGGACUUCAUAAAUGGUCUGGUGGGGAGAAUUUACGCCAAAAGAUCUUUUCCCCAUAUAAGCAGGCAGCUUUUAAAUGAUGCAAGGACAUGCAUGUGGGUUUUACUGAUACAGCUCUUAGUCUUGUGCAUCCCUUAUAUUGCUGUUGUGAAAUUUGUCAGUAGAGCAAAUGGUGAUGGUGAAUUGUGAAAUGUGAGAAAUAUUGAGUGAGAUCAUCAACUGGUUUUAUUAUUAAAUGUAAGUGCUAAGCCUUUGUGCUCACUCACUACAGAAGCUUGCUUGGCUCCUCUCUGUGUGUCGUUUUGGUGCCUGGCAAAGACACUUUUAUUUUCCUACUCUUUUAAAUCUCCAGUACAUUGCUUUUAAGCUCCUUUAUGUUUGUUCUCAUUUGUUGUCUGUUUUGUAAUGCUUCCCCUUCUUAAUUCACUUUUAGUGUGAGUUCUGUGGCAAAUGUAACACACACACACUCUUUAGGCUCUUUUGAUAAGGUUGUGCAUGUGUGAUUGCUGCCUGCUUAUAUUGUAGCUUUAUCCACAUGGUAUCACUUAUAUUUUAUAUAGAGUUAUGCCAUGACCUACAGUAAUAAACAACAGGAAAAUGUUAAGAUUGGCACACACACCAUUAUGUUUCUAGGUCAACAAACCCUGUUUUUUUGGAUUGGCAGUGAGAUGCUCAAGAGUCUCUCCCUCUCAUGCACCUAGGUUCACAGCAGACGCGUGUUAAACUAUAGUUUCCCAUGGUAUCCAAACCAUUAAUAGAAGGCUUUCCUGCAAACCUGAUUCAGGAUGUAAAUUCUGAACCUGUAAUUUCUCAGGAUAUAUUUUGGUUGUUGUUUUUUAAUUAUUGUGCUAUUACUAUUGGCUUUUGCAGGGCAACUCUGGUAGCAGAGCUGGUGAAAAGAGCCAAAGUCAUGUUACAGGACAAAGUGAAGGCGGAAGUCGGCAAUUACGACAAACUGCUGGAUGAAGUGUGCUCUCAGCUGUAUGAAGAAGGUGCACAGGCUCUUACUCAAGGCAAAGAGUAAGGAACAACAGCUGGGUGACAUGAUAGAUCUUCCCUUGUGGUCAUGCUGCUGUCUUGGGCUGUCACAUUGAGACUGCGCCCAGUAUGUGGUCACUUCAGUUCUCACCUUGGUAUCAGCCAACUGGCAGAUUGGCUCAGUUUCCCCUCUGGCUUUCAGGUGUAGGUACCCAACUUUAGAGGGAGCUGAGUAGGAAACUGUUCUGCUUUCAGUUACUCCCAGCAAUUUGAAUCCAUUUGAAUUCAUAUUUGGGCUGCAUCCCUGGGGGGACUAAAAAUACAGAUUUUCUAAUAUCAUGUCUUACAUAUAAUGUUUCAGGCGGUGCUUUUUAUAAUGCCUAUGUACAUCUACAGAUUUUGCAGGAAGAAGGCCCCUGAGGCUGUGAAAAUCUUGCUGCCAGAAGAGACAUCUGCAGCAGUAUGUAUAUUUUAGGAUACUUGUCCUUUUUUUCUGAGGCUUUCUUUUUGCUUUUUCUACAUUGGAAAAUUGUGCUUAUUUUUUUUUUUUUACACGGUGACUUAAAAAUGGCCAGAAGCCAAAAAGUUCUGAACCUCGUGAUCAUCUAAAAUAGCCAGGCCUUUUUGCUAAAACAAGCAAGCAUUGAAACAUUAAAGCUGUUUCUAAAAUCUCAACAUCCUCAUUCAGUCAGUCACGUUAAAAGGAGGUGUGACAGUUCCUAGCUCUUAAGGCCCAAGUAAUACUUCUCUGCAUUUUUUCCAGCUACAAAAAAAAAUGUUCCAAUUGCCAUAUUGGGCCAUUCAAGGAACAGUUGCUUUAUAUUCCUCUUAAUCAACAUUUUAGCAGCAGUUGGAGGAGCCAAAGCCAAUCCCCAUUUAUCGUUUCAGCAGGAUGGUGAGAAACCAAAAUCAGUCCCUCAAUUUUCAUUCGAGGCUAAUUUUCCAUCUGAUUUCUUGUGCUUGCUGCAGCUUUGUAUUGAUUUGUUGUGACUGUUGUUGAUAGUGUAUUCACAGCCUUGAAUGUAAUCAGUAGAAAUAACUAUAAAUCUCACCUGCUCUUCCACCCAAGGUUUUGAGCUGUGCAGCAAAUAUUGCGGUGGGGCUAGCUACCGAGAAGGCCUGCACUUGGCUCACCACCAACAUCACAGGUAGGCUUUUCCACUGUUUCUAUGUGCUUAACCCCUGUGUGCCAUUUGGUGGCUGUGGCGAAAAAGACCUUUUCCCAGUAUAAGCGGGUGUGCCAACUGUGUCUGUUUCUGAAAGAGGCAGAUCUAUGGUUCCCAGUUAUCUUAAGUACUUUGGACCUCGUUUUUCAAAAGCCAAGCCAUGGACCCCCUACUUUUGAAAAUGUUUUGUUGCUUGAAAAGUGCUACCAUACCCUCCAACGUGUCCCAGCACAAAACUGGGAUGUGCAUCUUCUGGCCAUACUCCUGCAUGAGUCAUGUGACCUGUGUGAAUGCAUCCCCCCCAGUGAGAUGCCCCACAUAGCUGAUGGCUACAUGCCACAGACCCCCUGGGUGGGCAUCAGCAUGCGACUGAAGGUCUACAGACCACCAAUUGGGAAACACUGCUUUAGAUACAUCGCAUAUGAGCUACUGCAACACACUCUACAUGGGGCUGCCUCUAAAAAGCGUCUGGAAACUUGUUCAAAGUGUGGCAGCAAGGAUGCUAACUGGAGCUGGGGGUGGGGAGCAUGUUACUGCACUUCAUUGAAACCACUUCAUUGGCUCCAUGGGUGUUUCCAGGCCCGAUUCAGAACUCUUGCGAGAGGGAUCAGUCUCUCGCUGGCAGCCUGCUGGCAGGGAAGUGAAUGAGAAGCGGGUAAUAUAAACAACUGAAACAAGUGGCCCUGUUUUGCUGCCUUCCAGCCCCUGACAGAUUACUCCAGAAAGGCUGCCCUCUCUUGUUCAGAUUAUGCAGCUUGAACUUUGCAGAGGUGAACUGCCAUCUGAAUGCUGAUAUUAAAGGAGGAACCCCAUAAGGCUGAUGCAGGGAGGUGGCUCUGUAUUAUGUAAUGAGUGUCUGGUUUUCAGUGUCCAGGGUGUGAAAGCGAGUGUAUGUUUUGGUUCCUUUUACAGCCUUGAUUAAGAGAGAAGUGAAGGCCACGUUCAGCCGCAUGCUGAAAACGCAGGCGCUUUCUCUGCCUAGUACUAGUGAAGCUGUGCAGAAGAAGAAGGGGUGCUCUCCAGACUGUCAGCAUCAGGCUGCAUUCCCCUCACAGAUCAUAAACGAAAUCAAGGUAUGAAUCCGCUGCUCUCUCCUCUUAACCUUUGUUGUUAUUCUGGCUAUUUAUUAAUAAUAUUUAUAUGUCUCCUGAUGACAAAAUUCUCUGGGUGGUUUACAGUAACAAUAAAAUUGUGAAAUAAACAAUGCAAUACAGCUUAGAAAUUAAAUAAACAGAUUUUAGAUAAAAAUAAAAAGGUUUUCACUUGGCACCAAAAAAGUUGCAGAGGCAGGCAGGCCAGGCGAGCCUCUCAAGUGAGAGCAUUCACCAACUGGGGUGUCACCACCCAAAAGGCCCUCUCCCCAGCAGCUGUCUGUGACACCUUUGUGGGUGCAGACAAAGCAGGGCCUCCAAAGAUCAUCUGUGGGCCUGGGAGGGGAUCCUUUUUUAGGUAAUGGUAGGGAACUUCCAGCCAUUUCCCUCAGAGGCUGAAACAGGGGUGGGGGUUUCAUCUGAAAGUCCUUUGCAAAAAACCUCAAAGGAGCUGCCACCCCACCUUUAAAGGAGAAUGGAGGUGGCUGCCAGGGCAAAGCAGCUUUGAAGCUGCAACAGGUUCCCAGCCGGCUGUUGGGUUCUUGGAAACCUGACACAUUUUGAGAGCUGGGUGGUUGCUGCCUGCCUGCCAAUCAUGUGAUGUCAUUGGUGAUGCCACGUGACUAACAGGUAGGUGGCACCACCCAAUUUGGCUUGUAAGGCCAGUCCGGAUAAGGAUCCAGUCUAUGGAGGUUCUGCUUUAGGUAACUUGCUCCCAUUAGUAAUUCAUUUGAUGGCGACAGCUACCACUCUCCCACCCCAAGCUUUUACUAUGUGACAUAUUUCUGAGCAUCCUUGUCUACAAGGAGGCUUAUUUGAUGGGGAAAUGGGUGGGAUAGCCCAGCCCUGUGCUGCCUUCUUUGCCGUUUCUCAGGCUUCACUGUGAUAUUUUGUCUUUUCUAUAUGGUUAGCAGAGCUCUCUAGGAUUCCAGAACAUAUACGUGCAUUCUGAGUCACAAAUGCUGUUAUAUCUAGGAUGUGCUGUGCCUUGCUGUCGGCCCAAGGAAUGAGGAUGAAGCAGUCCAGUUUGCCGAUUUGGAAAAUUUGUUGGAACGGUUGAGCCAGACCCUUGGAUGCAGAAAGGUAGAGAUGAGUGCAUUACUUGCAGAAUUAUUUCUGACAUAGCCUUUUAUCAGCAGUGGAGAUGGAGAGAGAAAGAGAGGAGGGUGGAGGAGCAGUGUUAAUAUAUGUACUAGGUUCAGCAGUUGUUUUCACUUUUCCUAAUUAACUUAUGGUUCCUGUGUAUGCGAGAGAAUUUCUAAAUUAAACUGCCCUCCUAAGGUUUACUUGUUAGGGAAUUUGCUUGUAAAUCAUAUGAAAGGCACAUACAUGUAUUAGUUUACAGCUCUCACCCUUUUAUCCACUGGGAAAGACUCAAAGCCCCUGCUGGCCUGUAUAUAAAGCCAUAGCUGUGCAUGUCUUCGUAAUUGCUUGCGAUACUUGAAUACUCAAAAUGCAAAGUGUUUGAUAAGAUAGCAGCCUCAGAUACAUUCUCUGUACCUGUGAAAGCAUUUCUUUGUAGUCAGUUUUCAGCUUUGUGUUUUUCAGUUCAUAUGCCCAGCGUCAGAGCAGCAACUGGCCAAGUGCACAGUAGAGCUGGCUUCCCUUCUAGGUAAGAGCUGUAAUUCUCAUCCCUGUUCCUCUUCCCUUCAAUCUUAAUUAGACUAUCUCAUUUUGGAGGAGUGGCUGUCCUGAAUGGUAUCAAACCGUCAAGGCUUGCUUGCUUAUGUAUUUAUUUUCUAUACCACUCUUAUGCGAGAACCAUCUGGUUUACAAUAUAAAAACACAAAAAUACAGUCAUACCUUGGGUUACAGACGCUUCAGGUUGCACGAUUUUGGGUUGCGCACCGGAACGGGUUACUUCCGGGUUUCGGUGCUUGCGCAUGCGCAGAAGCGCCGAAUUGCAACCCGUGCGUGCACAGACGUGGCGCUGCAGGUUGCGAACACUGUGGGUUGCGAACGUGCUUCCUGCACGGAUCACAUUCGCAACUUGAGUGUCCACUGUACUAUAGUAAUAAACUAUAACAAGUAUAGUCAGUCCAUAGAUUGUUUAAUUAGCAACAAAGGCACCAGGUGAGCGUCCCUGGAGAGAGCAUUCCACAAAUGGGAAGCCACCAGAGAAAAGGCCUGUGUUGCCACCCUCUGGACCUCUCAUGGAUGAGGCACACGAAGAAGGGCCUCAGAUCGUGAUCGCAGGGUCCAGGCAUGAUCCCACAGUAGUAUUUGGGGGAAGCUGAGUUCAUUUGUUAGCUGUGAAGGCCUCCUAAACCGAGAGGGCUCACCCCAUACCCUGGAGGUUCCUGAAGCCCUUCUCCUCUUGCGUGGAUGGAAAGAGUUGCCCCCAUCAUGGUACGAUGUCACUUUUUCAGAAUUAAAAAUAACUCACAUGAGGAAGUCCAGCAUUUCUAUCUCAGUUGCUUCUAGUUUCAGAUCGUGUUCCUAUCCAUGGGCUGACCUUCCCAGCCCCAAAGAAGCAGGAGCAGCAGCAAGCAAAGAACCGCUUCAUCUCUAGCCUUCUGAAGUCCCUGCUCUCCAUCUGGAAAGAAGACUUUGAGGCACCUGUACCCUUGCAGCUGAUCUUCAGUAGGAAAAAUGCUGCCUCCCUUGCGGAAAACAAACAGGACAAGGUGGGGGGCUUCUGAGUGCUUUCAGAGCCACUUGCUAAACCUCCUUAUGCUCCUUACCUUUGGCAUAAUCUAACAUAAGACUGGGGAGUGCUUGGCUUUCACUGUUCAGUGAAAGAGUAAAGUUGUCACAUACUAUUUCUGCAAGGAUGCCAGUGAGAGAUAUAGGUAAAAGUAUGUGGAAAUGCGGGUGGCGCUGUGGUCUAAACCACAGAGCCUAGGGCUUGCCGAUCAGAAGGUUGGUGGUUCGAAUCCCUGCAACGGGGUGAGCUCCUGUUGUUCGGUCCCUGCUCCUGCCAACCUAGCAGUUCAAAAACACGUCAGAGUGCAAGCAGAUAAAUAGGUACCGCUCCAGCGGGAAGGUAAACAGCGUUUCCGUGUGUUGCUCUGGUUUGCCAGAAGCGGCUUAGUCAUGCUGGCCACAUGACCUGGAAGCUGUCUGUGGACAAACACCAGCUCCCUCGGCCAGUAAAGUGAGAUGAGCGCCGCAACCCCAGAGUCAUUUGCGACUGGACUUAAUGGUCAGGGGUCCCUUUACCUUUACCUUAUGUGGAAAUAAAUAUUUUGUUCAGGAAUUGCCAAGCUGGCACAAGUGAAGGCUUCUUGGCCACCAGGUUGACAACACUUGUGAGUUUUUUGACUUUCUUUUUUUGGGGGGGACGGGGACUGGUAAACACUUACUUUGCCUGGGAGGGGCAUGACAGACAUCCUCAUUUCCGAUGGGUGCUGGGUUAACGUGGUCACUAUUUAGUGUUAAUUUCUCCCUGUAUUCCCACAGCAGAGAUAGUAUAGCAGUAACUCUUUGUGGUGGCGUUCUUAUUUACCGGCAGCAAGAUGUUACAAGGAUGAAGCACUUUUAAAACAAAGCAGGAAUGUUAUUUGGUUACACUCAAAAGCUUUGUGGUUACUGUUGCAAGGCACAAUACUUGGUUUCAAAUAGACACUCUUAAUAGAGAUGUUCAAUAACUGUCUUAACGCUGUAAUCUUGUUACUGGUUAAUGUAAGUUCUUUGCAGGACAGCUGUUGGUUUACGCUAUCCCUAAAACCCAUCCAGCCCCUCCUGCAGUCCUAGCCUUUUCUUCACUUAGGUAGAUUUUAAAUUGUAUGGCUGUACUGUUAUAUCCUGCCCUGGGAGUUUACAGUGAAGGGGAGGUAAGAAAUCCUGUAAGAAAUAUAAAUAAAUAAAUGGACAAACUGAGAAGGUGAUAUAAGGAAUGGAGACCAGCUGUGCCGGAGAAAUUAAGCUAGGUGAUCCUGCCUCCCUAUGUAUGUAUGUAUGUUCUGCCUCUUCCAUCUUUCUGUGCCUAGUCCCAGGGAAGUUUCAGAAUCCUCAGAAGUUCAUGUCGGGAGCAUGAUAUACCUCCAGGCUUUUAGAUAGAUGAACUUGUUAUUGGUGGAACACUUUAUGCCUUCCAAAGGUCAGCACACAUAACCAAUUAGUAGCAUUCCCAUCUAGGGAAAAAGCAUAGGAUCCAAUUUGGAACUUUUGGCUAGCGGGAGAAACAGCUGCAGGCUUCCGUGCAAGACGGCUUCAUGGCAUUUGUGCCUUACCAGCUGGGUUCGUUCUUGUCCUGCCCCUUCCAAACCCAUCAGUUGGCAAAUGCGAUUAGGCAGUGUGCCUUUCUGGUGUGAAAUCGCCCUCACAAUUUUGGGUAGGAGAGAUGUGGCUUUUGUUUCUUAGCCUUGUUCCUGGUGUAUGAUUUCAUGCAACUGUUUCCUUGAUGUAUCAGGCAGUAUUUUCAUUUAAGCAGGAUUUUAAUCACAAGGAAGUUCAUUGGCAUAUUACUUGGAGGCCCUGAUGCUCCGUUUCUUUUGCAGUGGGAUUUGUUCUUGUUCAUGCUUCGUGGUCUUGUUGAGCAUGGAUUAAUGGCAGAUACGGAGAUACAGUGCUGUUUGCAUGACCUCCAGAAACUGCCUUGGCCUUCAGUAAGUAUGCCCAUUUCAGGUUUUUGGGGGUUCAGAGCACAGUUAACACACAAACGCUUUACUUCUCGUUUCCCUUAUGCCAGCUGUGAUAGCUACAGACUGAUCUCAUGUAACUCCUUGCUGACUAAGUGACUAGCAGUUUGUUUCUUGGGCUAAAUUCAAGGUGCUGGCUUUGACUGUUUAAAACCCUAAACCAGGGGAUGGGAGCCUCCGGGUCCUCCUAGGUGUUGCUGGAUUUCUGCUUCAAUGAGCCGCAGCCAGUAUGGCCAAUAGUUAGGGAUGAAAGGAGUUGUAGUCCAACAUCUGGAGAGCCACAGGUUCCCCACCCAUGUCCCCAAACACCUGGUUUCAGGAUGGUUUAUGGGACCAUCGCUUUGGAUUCUACCACCAUGUGUAGUGAGGGCACCCUCCAGAAAUAGGUGCCAUCAUGGAAAGAUCUACCUUCUAGCAAAUCCCUCUCAAGAUCUGCCAGGUCCACUAUUGCAAUCUUCAUGUGGAUAGCAAAAGACUACUUUAGCAGACUUGGCGUUUAGUUUUUCCUGUAUAUUUAAAACAGUCUACAUCUCUCUGCUUGUCAUUUCAUUGUAGUGUUUUAUGAUAUUUAUUUGUAUAAGCCACUUUGCGGUUGAAAGGCAGCCCAUACAUUUUAAUGGAAAAUACUGUCUCGCUUCAGCCUACAUAAAAGUUUCUAAUUUUUUCCAGUUCCCAUGGAACUAAAAAUUAAGAUGAACAAACUGAUGUAAAGGCACAGGGACCACACCAAAGUAAGAGUGCUGUAUGAUGCUGCUGAUCUAUUUAUUUAGAAAGCAAUUAUGCUGUACUUCAGUGAAAGCCCUCCAUGUACAGUAAGGUAAAAAAAGCAGUCAGUAUAAAUGACUAAAAGAAUGCAGCAGCAGCAGCAGCAAUAGCACUUAUGGGCAGUGUUAAUAGGACAGCUUGCAAGCAUAGUGAUUAGCUCUGCUAAGGCUUUUUGUGAACCUUCUCUACAUUAUCCAAAGAAUUGCAUAUUCCCCUAUACUAAUUCAAAUUUUGCUCUGCAUUUUUUCUACAGGACUUCUCCAAGGAACUAGAAGCACUGUUACGAAUAUUUAUUUCUGAGGAGUGCAUUGCAGAACCAAAGACCCUGCCCUGUGAAUUGGUGGGGCAGUCUAGAGGCCCCGUAGCAGCACAAAGCUAGCACAGAGAUGCUUAAAAGCUGCUGAAAUUGUUCAUCACUUCCUGGCUCUGGUUGCGCUUGGGCAUUACUGUGGACCUCCUUGGUCUUCUGCAAAUAAUGCCCAGAUGUUUCAAGGGGAACACAGUGUUGCAUGAGGAGCCAUUUUAAGCACCUUAAUCGGAAUUGCAGGAACAAGUCAAUGUUUCUGCAUGUGACAGCAUAUAGGGUUUAGGCCUAGAGCAGCAAUGGGGACCCCAUGGCCCUCCAGAUGUUGUUGGACUUCAGCUUCCAUUAGGCGCAGCCAGCAUGGUCAGUUGUCAGGGAUGAUGGGAGUCCAGCAGCAGCUGGAGACCAGAGGCUCAUUCCUGUUCUGGAAAGUUGGAAGAGCCUGGAAUCUGAACAGAUGUAUAAUAGACUCCUAGGUGUCUGAGGAUUUUUACUUAGGAAAUUCUCAGUUCUAGUAAUGUUCAUGUGUGGCCUUUGGGGCAGAACUCGUAAUGUAAGACUUCUAUUUAUCAAGAACUCAAGUUUGAAAAAUUUUAAAUCCUUUACUCCUUUUAAAAGGUCAAAUCAUGUCUUAAAAUACAACAAUUUCCCAAGCAUUGGCUUGUGGUUUUUUUUAUGAGUGUUUGCUCAUAAUGUAGAUUUUAGUACAGUAUAUGGUUUUUUUAAAAAAUAAUGAAGGAAGGUUUUCUUUUAUUAGAGAAACAGCUUUAAGUGGCAGCAUUUAAUGAAAUAUUUCCCCUUUUUGAUAGAAUGCUUUGAAGAACUGCAGAGUUGGAAACUCUGGCAUUCCAGCAUGUUUUAAAAGACAAUCCUUUCUUGGGUGUGCUCUAUAACUCUGUAGGCUUACCUAUAAAAACAGACAUUUCCUGUGAGCUGUAGUCCCUCUUCUCCCCUUCCUUUAUUCUUGCACCACAUACUUUUUCUUCAGGAGUCCUGCUUGACUUUUACUUUAUUAAAAAGUAAUUAAUAAAAUGAUUGUAUAUGCCCUA